AUGGAUAUGUCUUGGGAAAGAUCUUUUAUCAGAACAAUAUGGACUGGUGUUUUUACUAUCAAUGUAAUCUUUCACAGAUUGUCCAUUUCGCAGGGACAGACUUUAGACUCCGGCCAAUGUACUACCCCGCUGGGAGUAGGUGAAAACUCCCAGACCUUGCUGCCUUAUACUCUAUCGGCUACUGAAGGCAACGCACAGGAUGCCCGACUCAAUGGUCAGCGGUCCUGGUAUUCAACGGCACUGGGACCAACUUCAUUUGUACAGGUUGAAAUGAACAAUAACAUGCUAGUGACCGGUCUUCAGGUACAAGGGGACAGUGAAAGACACUUGUGGGUGACAUCACUGAAAGUGAACUACAGCGUAAAUUGUCGAGACUACUUUGCCAUUGAAGAUAACGGUGUUCCACAGGUGUUUGCCGCUAACGUUGAUAUUAGUUCCGUGUCCACCAUCGUUUUCAACCACGUGUUUGUGGCUAAGUGUGUCCGCCUCAUCCCAACGGAGCGUCAUGGAAACACGUCGGCAUUAAGAGUCGAACUCAUUGGCUGCUUACCCUCUAUGUGCUUUAAAAGCCUCAACGCUACUGCCAGCGACAGUGGGGUACAGCUACGCCUGACGGGAGAAAAGCUCGUGUCCAUUAUCCGAAUAGACCCAACUGCAAUUGGAUACAGCAGUUACGUCAUCUCGUACAGCCGCACGUGCGUCACAUUCUAUGACCUACUGGAAGGUAACCAACCCAAGGUAUUCUCGAGUUUGGAAGGCGAGCCAGUGGACGUGGAUCUCCAUCUGCGGCCCAUCAGAACCCUGUGUGUACGGGUCACGCCUCUCGGCCAGGCUACUGCCCCAGUGGUGCGGCUCCGGGGCUGUGCUGUAACAGAAAACGAAGAGAUUCAUGUUUCGUGCGGACUCACUCAUUUCCAUAACGGCAGAUAUGACCUUCACAAUGUCCUAAGGAAUCUGCACAGCGGCAGACAAAUACGUCAUAAGCGCGUGGUUGGUGGCAUCCAUGCGGCGCCUGGAGAGUGGCCAUGGCUGGUAUCUCUCCACUUCCUGCGGUACCACAUGUUCUCCAACACUUCCGGGUUUCCACAUCUGUGUGGCGCCUCUCUCGUACAUCCACAGUGGGUGAUUACGGCGGCUCAUUGCUUCGACGACACAGUAUGGCCAGGCUUAGCUGACCCUACCAACUGGCAGGUUCUGAUAGGGGAACACAAUCAGGCAGGACGAGACGGAACAGAACAGGCUUUCAGUAUCAGUAACAUCUACAAACGGGACAACUUCCAAAUCUCGUGGGACGCACCGCUAUUACAGGACAUCGCCUUACUAAAGAUAGACCGACCUGCCAUCUUGUCCGAUUACGUGAACCCUGUGUGUCUGAACGUCCUGCCCAAUCGUUUCCCGCCGGGGUCUGUAUGCGUUACUGCCGGUUGGGGACAGAACACUCAAGAUGGAAAGGGAGUCCGCCUGCCACUGCACGCGCAGCUUCCGAUCAUCCCUCCAGCUGACUGUAACGCUAAGUAUGAGGCUUUACCCGAGGGUCACGUCAUGAAAAACUUCGUGUCUAUUGACGACACGGUGUUGUGUGCCGCCACGGAGUCCAGCCAGACUGGGCGUGACUCGUGUCAGGGAGACUCGGGAGGACCUUUGUUCUGUGAGGACGGAGACCAUUGGGUUCAGGCUGGAAUCGUGUCUAUAGGUCUGGGAUGUGCCAAUCCCGACUUUCCUGGAGUAUAUACUCGGAUAUCGUCCUUCAUCAACUGGAUAAAUACAACUAUGGUACAAAACUCUGACGAUCCAGACAAUCCGGAUGUUAUUAAUGCCGGAUACAAUCCACUGAUACAAAAAUAG